AGAGGAGUUAGUGAGCGCGCACGACUCCACUUAAAUUUUACGCAUCACUUGUUCGUCCAGGCGUCCACACAGAAGACACCUCGUUUUCUGCACAAGCAGGACCAUGUUGCACUUGGAUUUUAUAUAGAAAACACACAUUUUACCUUAAUAACAUUAUUUGAUUAUUAUUAUUUUUAUAAUUAUUUUUAGAAAGCAACAAUAGCACAGAGCAGCAGCAGCGUGUGUGGAGCAAGUGGUCCCAGAAAGAUUUCCGUCAUGGGAGCGUAUGGAUGGAGCUCAGCGCGUCUUGGCUUUGUCGUUUGGGGAUUUUUGGCAUUUUUCUGUGGAGAAUUUGUCCCACAGGCUGAAGCGGGCUGCAGGGAGAGAGAGAGCCCAAACUGCUGCACCGGCCGGAACAACGAAUGUUUUGAGUACUCCAGGAGGAAAACAGUGUGUUACUGCGAUACCUACUGUCAUAAAACAAGAGACUGCUGCGAGGACUAUCAGAGCGUGUGCCAAAUAUCUGCAGCCAUUGACUGUGUGGUGGGAUCAUGGGGUCCCUGGUCAUCAUGCACAUCUUCAUGUGGAAUCGGUAGCAUGGAAAGGAGUCGCCAAGUAUCUGUUCCCCCUAGAAAUGGAGGUACACCCUGUCCUGAUCUCAAACAACGUCGAGGAUGCUUUGGGAACAACGCCAUAUGCAGCACUGCGAAAGAAGUCGCAAAAAUCUUGCCUAAUUCUUUCAAGAGGAACUUCAAGGACCCUUGGAGGAGACCACACAUGCUGAUGAAGGAGGAGAAGGCCAGUUACUGUGUGCAUCUGCAAGUGAAACAGGCUAGCGCGGCAUGUAGACUCAAACUGUGGACCGCUCGACUGAUGAGAGAGACUGCUGUCUGUGUAGAGUGUCAAAGUGAUGCCAUGGCAAAGUCAGAUCGCUGUGGAGGCGAUGGUGUAAGGGGCACCAGGACCUUCUGGUCAGCAGCUUCAGUCCCGGGCUGUCACGGUUCCUGGAUUCGACAGUUUUCUUCUGAGCGCUGCCAGUGUUCUGACAACUCUUUCCUCUUUGUUUGAGGCGGCAUGCUACUCUCAGCAUCCUGCCAAGUGCAGGAGAGCCCUGCCAGCCAAGUCAGACCCUCCAAUCCAGAUUACUGGAUGGGUAACUCAAGGAUAUUAGCAGCAUCCUGCCACUUUUUUCUCUCACCUCAUAUUCUGUACUGUAUAAACUCUUAAAGCACACAUAAAUUCUUGCAUUCAACUUCUGAUUUUACAGCCACGUAAUUCUCCUUUAAAGCACAGCAUCUAUUUGCCUUUUUACCUCUGAGUCUUUGCUAUCUACCUCCAUCAAUGCAAGUGCAUUUUCUAAUGCAUAAUGUAUAAAUAUAGAAAUAUAUUAUUUUGCUUUAUACAUUUUCUACUUAUGAUUGGUUCAUGUAAUGUAUAUGUGUCUAUAUAGCUUCAAUAAUUUGUAUCCAACAGUGUAAACAACAGACAUCUGUCAUUUAUCCCCAAACAGUCCUAAGUCAUCAGUGGUUUUGGAGAUACUAAAACUGAUCAUCAAAGUUGUAUCCAAACUAGGAUCCUUCGCUCAGUAUUUCGAUGUUGUAUCUUUUUUAUCCCAAAAGGCAAAGUUGAAUAUCAGGUACUGAUUCUCAGGUGCUUAGAUUUCAAGUCUCCUUCAUGUCUGCCUCUUCUGGUGGUCAGUCACAGAUGUUUUCAGUAACAUGACUCAUAGCGGAGAUCAAUCACAUCUGUUUAGACUUAAUAUUGCUGGAGAGGAAAAAGAGCCAUAUAAGCGAAUUCACUGUGGUUCUGUCUGUCUUGUGUCCAAGACUUAAAAAAUGCUUCAUGAUUGCUCACCCUGCUCACAGGGGAGUUUUAUCAGAAGAGUAUGAUCCAAGAUAAAUAUCGUGAACAGCCAACUCCUAUAUUAUUAACUAACCGAAUCUCCUCCCAGCACUCCCUACAGUUCCUUUACUUUUUUCAGUUCUGUUUUUGUUGUCUCUGUUGACUUGGUGUUUUCCCUCAAAUAAAAUACAGACUAACUACAGCGUUACCUUCUUGAGUUAAAUGACACAGGAUAAAUUCCUGCAUCUCGUUUGCUGUUGGGUUAAGAAGAAGGCAGGUGCAGUCAUGUUAUGGAAACCUGUUGCUUUCUCUUUACAUCCCCCAUGUCUGCGUUUGUGUGUUUAUUUAUUAUAAACCAUGUGGUAAUUUUAUAAGUGCAGCACAGCAUUUCCUGUACACUGUCCAUUAGUGAAAUAAAGAAAACUAUACCACCAUA